GCACUGACAGGGUUCCUGCUUGUGACUACCAGAGAUGGCAAGUUGCUGUAUAUUUCGGAGAAUGUCACAGACUACCUCGGACACUCUAUGGUUGACAUGAAAACUCAAGGGGAUAGCUUGUACGAUAUAGUGGACAAGAAGGACCACGCCCUCAUACAAACGCAGCUGUCGCCGAGCACAUCCUUGCAGAACUCGGAUGUCUCCUUCUUUUGUCGCAUGAACAUGUCAAGGACACUGAAGCGUCAGCCAGGCUUUGGUGAUGUGAAGGUGAUGCAUGUGCGUGGCCACUUUGUGAACAUGGAGACAGAUCCAGGCUACCCCAGUGACAGCUCUUCUGUGUUCAUGGCCGUCUGCUCCCCUCUGAUCACCCCAGAGGUGAAGGAGAACCUGGUACAGAACAACACAAUGGUCUUCAAGACCGUGCAUAACCUUGACAUGACCUUCCUAGAGGUUAGCAAGAGUGGAGAAUACCACCUUGGCUGCACAACUCAUGAUCUGAAACAGAAAUCAUGGUAUUCUUUUAUUCAUCCAGAAGAUAUUCUGGAGGCUAAAGAAAAGCAUGCUCAUUUGGUGCGGUCAAACCAUGAAAUAGGCUGCAUGCUGACCAUGCGUAUGCUCAGAUUUGAUGGCAGCUGUUUCUGGGUCAACAGUGCAAUGCAUUUACGACAGGCAUGUCUGGCACAGAAUGAAGAACCACAUAUUGUCUGUAUCAAUCAAGUUAUUGAAGAGCAUGAAGCAUACCAAGUUCAAGGUCACAUGUUCUCCUUGUACCCUAGCCGCACCAAUGAGCUGUGGGGGAGCCACCUGGCUGCUGUUUCAUCUCCAAAUACUGAUAUUUUAGGUGGUCAGUGGAUGCCACAACAAGUGCUGAGCUCUGAUCCUAAUUACUUAACCCACCUUCCUAACUAUAUAGAACACCCACCCUGUCCUGAUGUAUUCACUUCAAUGAGGGAGUCCAGUAAUAAACCAGUGGCCGACUGCCAUCUCCAGAGUCCCAGUUCUGUUGUACAGUUGAAUCAACUGAAGGUGAUGCUGAAGAGAAAGAUCCAGGGAUCGCAGGUGAAACCUGCAGUUUCUGCAAAGUUGGCCAGAAUUAAUUGGGACACUGAUGGUUUCGUAAGAGGAUCUACCUACUCAGAUGUCAACCAGGAAGCGUCUCAUAAAAAAUUCUACUCCCAGGUUUCAGUUCCCUCAUUUGAUGAUUGUCAGAGCCAGAUGGUGCAGGGCUUGCAGUCGGUUUAUGUUGCCAAUAAAACAUCCUCCAAACCAUACUCCUUUAUGACUAUGCCUAAGAAAGUUGAUGAGCAGGUAGUUCCAGAUUCUUAUCUCACACCAGACCCCUCACCAGUUUCAUCACCAGAACCUUUACGGAGUAGUAUGAAUACGACAGAUUUUAUUAAUAACAAAAAGGAGACCAUCCAUGGAAAAUCCUCAAUUAACAUCCUCCAGGCACUAGAAAAGCUUGCCGCCCAUCCUCACAUGAACACGGAGAUGAAGGUUCCAGUUGUUAAGGAAGCAGAACUUCCCAUUCUGAAUGCCUUUGACGUUGAUAUUUUUUUCGAAGCAGUUUCUGGAGAAUUCCAGUCAAAGACAUCAAAAGUAAUGGAAACCCAUGUUAAAUGUGAGAUCAAGAGGGAACUACCGGCAGAACCAGUUUUGGCUACAAACAUCCCCAACUUUGCAGCUUUGAAGGAUGAAGCAUUAAGUCCCUUACCAUGUGACUUCUACCAGAAUCAGAACAAUGUCCUCUUACAACCUCUGCCCCAAUCCCAGAUUCCAACUCAAAUGAAGCCCGUUUUUCAGUCUGAGAAUCAACAGCAAAGACAACUCUCUUUCCACUCACAGUUUCAAGGCCAUAUUCAGUCCUCCACCCAGUCUCAAAUUCAACCCACAUUAUUUCCCUCCUCCCAACCUCAGAUUCAGCCCUCAUUCCAGUUACAAAUUCUACCCCACACCAAAUCCUCCUCAAGCCAGGUACAGCCCCAGCCUCCAACACAAACCUCAUUCUUUUCCAAGCAUCAGUUUUCAUCAGAAACUAAGAUCCUGCCUCAAAUAAAACUUUCUAAAUGGUGUCUGCCACCAAGCCCUGAAGCUUCUGUCAUGUCCUGUCCAGGCACUGAUGUUCCAACUGAGGUACCUGAGUUCCAUUCAGACGCUUGUGACUAUAUGAAAGGUGCAAACAUAUCCCUGUGCAGAUCAGCUGCGUCACAGGAAACUAUUGAUGAUCUGAUGACCUACCUUUCUGACGAUAGCCUGGAUCAGAUGAAGACUGAUCCAAACAACUCACCCGGAUAUGAAACACAGGAUCUCAGUUCUGAGAAGACCUACCUUAAAUCCUUUUAUAUGGAGAGCUCCACUUGUCACAAACUACUUCAGACAGCCACACGUCUGCCAGAAGAGUUCAGUCCACAGUCAAGCACAUCCACAAUGGAGAUUGAUUUCUUUGAUGAAUGUCCUGACUUUUCCUUUGAAAGGAAGAUGAAUUUACCCGACAGCCGGAAUGAGAUGCCACUUAUCAACGGCAAUGUUUCUGGCAUGUCUGAUGACUUCAGAUUGGACUUCAUCUUUGAUUCAUUCUCAGCUACACAAGAUUCUUUGGAGAUGACCAAACACAGCCAGUAG